AUGCAGCUGGCGGUCACCGUUGAUGCUGCUUACGAAUACACCUACAUGAGUGGACAUUACAUCCAUCACCACGUUUUCGCUAGUUUUGCGUUGUGGUUUGUUUGGAACGCCGGUGUCACGACUAUCAAGGAUGUGAUCGCGGAAAUCAAUGAUGAUGGGAAUGCCGGUAAUGCAAGAGUCCCCAAGUACCGUCGUUGGUUGGCUCUUGUGCGCGCAUUCGGUCUUCCUUGGGGUGGUGGAGUGAUUCCUGGUGACAUCAAGGCGGCUGUUAACGACGUUGAAACAAACAUUGGAGUCCAUGUUACUGAUUGGGAUCAUGAACUUCCUGCUCCAUACGAAGGAGAUACGGAUGAUGACAGCGAAGAGGAGGAGGACUAA